AUGGCGCACCUUCUUGACUUCUCGAUAUAUCAGUAUCUUUGUGUCUUCCUUCUGGCCUGGAUCGUCCAAUGUACUUACCGGUUGAACUUCCAUAAACUCAGCCAGUUUCCUGGCCCCAGAUUUGCAGCAUGUUCUUCGUUCUACUUUCUAUACUGGAUUUACCUCGGUCGGUUUCCAGAGCAAUGCGAGCGCCUGUUUGAGCAGUAUGAAACCGACGUUUUGCGCGUUGCCCCAAAUCAACUUGUCUUCCGCGACCCACAGUCAUUGAAAGAUGUUGUGGGACGCACCGACGUUUAUCGCGGGGACUUUGCUCUGCGCGUUAUUGGCUUCACUGGCAAGAAUGUCAGCAAUAUCCGAGAUCCAGUUGCGCAUCGGCGCAAAAGAAGACUCAUGAAUCCGGGGUUCUCCAAUAUUUCACUCGCCAGACAGGAACCGCGCAUCAUUGCGCCAUUGGUUGACAAGUUAGUCACAAGGAUUACUGAGAAACAGGGUCAGUCGAUCAACGUCUCCGACUAUUUCGACUGCGCGACUUCAGAUAUUAUUGGCAAGCUCUCUUUUGGGGCGGAUUUCGAGAUGCUGGACCGUGUGGACGACCAUCCAUUUUUACAUGUGCUCCCCAACGCCCUGCGGAUGUCUGUCAUUGCCCAGUGUAUUCCGGAAGUGUACCGUUUCGUCUCAUGGAUGUUCCGGGUUGGGCCAUCGUUCGUCAUUCCUCCAACUUUCCGUGGUGUCGCCGACUUUGCAAAAAAGCACACUCAAGAACGAGAAAAGAGACAGCAGCUGGGAGAGCAAGCCGAAGAAGACGAUAUCAUGAGUAUUAUCAUCAAUGGCACAGAGAAAAUGAAAGCCCAGGAUCCCAGUCUUGCGACUGAUUCUCACGAACUACUUGGCGAAGCAACCACGCUGGUCACCGGCGGCGGAGACACAGUAGCCACAGCGCUCACAACGUCAAUGUGGAAUCUUGGGCGGAACCCUGCCAUCUACAAGCAACUGACAGAGCAACUGCGGACCACUUUCACUCACUAUGAGGACAUUGACUCAAAGGCGGUUGCGGCGCAGGUUCCGUUAGUUGACGCAGUGCUCAACGAGUCCAUGCGUCUCAAUCCGGUGCUGCCAGGACCCAUGUGGCGACGAACGGACAAUCCAAUCCCUGUUGCCGGAUAUGCCGUGCCGGGCGGAACGGAGAUAGGCGUGAUGCGGCAAUCCAUUUUUCAACACCCAGACUCUUUCCAUAGGCCCAAGGAAUUUGUGCCCGCACGGUGGAUGGAGGAUCUGGGUGACAACCUGGAUGCCUUUCAACCAUUUGGGGUUGGACCGCGCACAUGCAUCGGCAGGUACAUCGCGAUGGUGGAGAUGCGCUUGAUCCUUGCGCGGCUGCUGUGGAAAUUUGACUGGGAACUGGUGACGAAAGAAUAUGACAACCCGGAAUAUGUAGUUUUGUACCGAGCACCGUUGAUGAUGGAGGUUCGGCAGCGUGGGGCUUGA